AUGGGCUGUUGCAGUUCCAUGAGUGUCUGCGGGCAGGUCUACACAGAGAUGCUGCGACGGCUGCGGGUGGAAGCAACACAGGAGAUGGAUGUCAACGCCUGCACACGACGAACACAAGAGUUCGAACGAAUAGCAUCAGGAGCUGUUAGCAACAAUGUUGGUAUUAGUAGUAGUGGUGCUGGUGCUAAUGGGAAUGGUAAGGGGAGAUAUUUAUGUGUUAACGUGGAACAGUUACGAGCGUAUGAUCGGGAUAAUUGGCAUCAUACACGUAUUCAUGCAUACAAUGCGGUUCUUAUGGUUGAGGCAGUGGAGGAUAUUGUUCAUCUUGUGAAUGAAAUGUACUCAGAGAACCGUGUAGAGUUGCGACGAUGUGAUUAUCGAAUGUGGCUUCUAUACAUGUGCGAAUUCUAUCAUGUGAUGGAGGUAUUUGAAAAGGCAAAACUACUAAAAGGAGGAAGUUGGGAAAAUAUUAUCAUUACACAGAAACAACUUGAAAAGUGUUUGACACUUCUCAGAACACAAUUUGCACGAGCCUUCACAUCGGAGAAGGGUCCUGGUUCCGCAUUUCAUAUUCCUGUAGCGGCUACUCCGGCUGCUGUUCUGGAACAAGUAGUACAAUGGUCACAACUUCAUCCACUAAAGGCAGAUGCAACAAGAACAAAAAUAGUAGGAGGAGAAGGAGAUGGUAGUUAUGCAAAGGAUACAUCAACACUUUCUAUACCUUUAGUGACUGUUGUACGUUGGGUUGUAUUGCGAUAUAUAAGGACAUUUUCUAAUGAAGAGGAGGAUGCAACAAUGAUGAUAAUGAAUGGAUCCAUUCCUAUGGAAGUUAAUCCACUGACAAAAGAGGGGUCAUGGGAUAACAAAUUUCUAAGGAAACAACAAGAGUUAAGAGAUACAUUAGGUGAUAUUACACUUCUAGAGAAGUUGUUUCUUGCCAUGACUCAUGGUACGAGAGAACUCUCUGAAAGUGACGCCAAAAAUGGAUGUUAUAAUCUCCUUGGAAUGGAAGAACUCUUUCAAACACGAUCUGUUCAUGAUGAACUUGUGGAAGUGGCAUUUCGUCUGACUCUGCGGGAAAUGCAUAUGAAUAACGCCUCAUGUAUAACCGAAUUGUCUAUUUUUGCUAAGUUUAUUGAAGCGUAUGCAGAUGCUCUGAACCUUUAUUAUCAUGUGAUGAUGUGCAAUAAUGAAAACUGUGAUAUGGAACGUAUGUAUGGAGAACCGGCUCCUGACUUGGAACGAGAAAUGCUAUCUCAUGUAUUGCAAGUGUUAAAAGAGAAAAACAAUGACAAUAAUAAUAAUAAUAAUGAUUAUUAUUAUGGCGAUGAUUUUAUUUUAAAACUUUUUUCUUCUUUUGCAACGGAGAAGGAAGAUGGGGUGCGUCGAGUUCCUUUCUUGAAUUUCGCAGAUGCAUGGAUAACACGACUCUUUCGUAAACAAGGUAAACACACUGUAAAAGACAUCUCUGAACUAGCUCAUGCUCUAGGGUUAGAUGAUAAGGAAAGGCGUAAGUCUCUGCUCGCUGUUCUCAGUUGUGAUGAAUGUGGGCAUGCGAAUGUGGCAGCAAGAUCAUUUGAGGCUUUAAGUACGGAGGUAAAUUUAUCACAAUAUUGUAAUGCAGAGGAACUUGCAUUCACUUGUGCACGUGAGGAAUGGGCACUAGAGUUAGAAAGACAAGCAACCACCAUUACGAAUGACAGUAUAGAAGAAAUACCUUCGAAUACAAUAGAAGAAAGUUGGGCCUCUACAGAUAUUCUCUUGUUACGUUUACUACAUGGUAUCUAUGGUACCUUUGCGGCUGUACAGGCAUUAGAGCAUGUGGCUCUAGAGAAUGAUGGGACUAGUGCAAUGAUCUUUGAUUGUAGAAGAUGGGAAACUACUACACCUGUACCAUUGCCUAUUCGCUUGCAUGUACUGCAUAAGGCAGAUGAGAUGUUGGGAGUAACAUGUGUAAUGGAAAAUAUGUAUACACCCGAGAAGGAUGUAAAGGAGAAGAUUAGUUUAUCCAGUACAGCCGGAUCUUUGCUGCAAUACAUAGGAAAUCGCUAUGUGGAUAGUCAAAUGAUGAAAUGGAGACGAGAUGCUUGGCGGCGUUUGCAGGAAUUGUGGCCUUUACGAGAUGAGGACCCAGAACGCCGAGAGUUGUUUAAUAUACUCACUAAUGGAGGUAUCCAUGAGGUGCGUGUGUCUGCAGAAGAAGAAGCAGAAAAAGAAUUAGAAGGAAUACAUACAGGAGGAAUACAUUAUAUUCCAUUUGAGAAACUUUAUCAACAAUACGUCUCUGAGUUGUGUUGUAUGAUGUCCAUAAGGGAUUUCCAAGCGAUAUGUUGUAAGGCGGUGCGGGUGGUGGAAAAAAAUACACCAUUGUGUCUUUCUGAAGAAGAUGAAAUUCCCGCAUUCCUGCGAUAUUUAAUGGGAUAUAUGCGGGUAUUAUGGUCGUUAGCUACACCUUAUUAUGAUAUAUCGCAUAUGGAGACUACAAUCUCAUGGGCGGAAUUACAGCAUUGGUUGUUGCAUGAGGCUGGUAUUGUAAUGGAUGAGGCACUCACCUAUUACUUUAUGGAAGAGGCAGAACUCAUUACUCCUCAUAACCUUCCUGCAGCAACUAGUGAAGAUCCCAUUGACAAUCCCAAUGAAAAGAAGGAUGAAAGACAUGUGCGUGUGCGUAUAUUAGCAGAAUGGUUUGCCCUUCGUGAGGCCUGCUGGACUUCACUGGAGACACGAUUACACUUUUGGUUAACCACCCUUCGCGAUCAGCUGCCCAUUCACUACACACCCGAACACACCAGCAUACGCCACACCCUCGCAGAAACCCUCUCCGCUGCAGAUGAUUACAUUCCCACCACCGCCCUCACACGUACACUCCGUAGAGAUUACAGUUUGUGGCGUGUGUGGCCACCUGAAUUGGGCCCCGCUUUUGUCAUGUUUGCGGUGUGGGAGACAAACAAAAUACUGCAGCGGUCGGAUCUGCAGGGAAGUGAAUUACAUCGUACGGAUAUUCGCUUUCUUCUGCGCUUUAUCUACACAUACUUGGAUGUGCUGCUGCGUGGGGAACAUCUACUGCAACAGGCUUCACAGUUGCCAACAGAAACAACAACAACAACAACAACAAAAGAUGAAGAUGAAGAUGAUAAUGAUGAUAAUAAUACGAAACAGAAAGGUGUAUUGUCAUCGUCGCCUUCUUCUCUCUCAUGGAAAGACACACGAAUGCAUGCGGCACUUCAUACACUUCUGGAAGAGAAGGGUGUAGACACCACAGACAUUUUAAAUACAAUGGAUCAUGACAACAAUACCACGGAUUGGACUACAUCACAUCUUGCACUUGUUGUGGCUCGUGCGAGUGUGGCCACCGCUCUUGCAGAGUACAUGAAAACACAAUAUGGAGAACGAUUAGACUCCAUAUGGUAUCGACUGCGAGAGCGACUUCCCUUUGGGGAAUCACAGGAGCAACGACUAAAACGCAAACAAUUGUUUGCACGUAUGGAUAUGUAUAAACAACACUAUCUUACUCUAGCGGAUUUACACCGUGGUAUAAGAGAAGUUCUCGAAUUGCAAGAGUUCCGAGAGGAGAUGGAUCCCAUUCUCUUUCAUGCCUUCUUCGCUACUAAGGAAGUAUCAUUUGGACAGCAGGAUGUAAUUUAUCUCACAAAGAUGAAUGAACACUUCAUUACAGGAGCAGAAUUCCGUGCUUUCCUGUGGUAUAUGUACACCUACUUUCAGUUAUAUUAUAUGUUUGAUACUAUCUGUGCAGUGCCGGAGAAUCUCCACCUGGAAAAGGCAAUUUCUAUAGAGGCGUUUGUGGCAUCGAAGCCAUUGUUGAAGUCGUGGGGAGUGCGGGUGAAUAAUGCGGCGGUGGAGUUUACAUCUAUUAGCCGCAGAUGUAAGGAAGAUAAGGAAUUACACUUUACGGGAUUUGCCAUGUGGGCCUCACAGCAUCACUUAAACCCAGAGGGGUACUCACAUGAGGAACCACUGUUGUUGUUGUCGGAAGAUGAGAAGGCAGUAAGAGCAGUAGAAGAAGAAAAAGAAAAUGAAAAAGGAAAAGAAAAGGUUGAAUUACAACAACAAGAAGAAGAACAGCUACAGGAACAGGAAUUGUGA